AUGGCUCCCAUCCCCCUCAGCACGGUCGACAUUACUAACUCUAUCUUCUGCCCAGCCGACCUCAAAGACGUAAUCCAACACCUCUUCGAAAUCCAAUCCGCCGUUCACGGCUACCUCGGUCCCGAAACUCAACAAGAGCUCGUCCGCAAAAUGUACCCUCCUUCCUAUCCCUGCCAUCUUCCUCACCUAAGAUUCCACUCUACUAACGGAUUACGUGUUAUGCAUUCAGAAAGAACCUCACCCUCGCGCUCUCCACCCUCAGCACACACACCUCCGAUAAUCACCCCGACGCACAAUCACAAUCACCAGGAAACAGCAACGACCCUCCCAUCCACAGCAUCCAACUCCCCCCCGAGAUUAUCGACUACGUAG